CGGGGGUCGGGCCGGGAGCGCUGCCAAGGCUCUCCGCCCUCGCCUCGCUCCGCCGCCGCCGCAGCGAUCGCUGCCCCGCGCUCGGCGAGCAUGGAGGUGCAGCUGGGGGUCGGUCGCGUCUACCCGCGACCGGCGGGCAGGACCUUCCGCGGGGCUUUUCAGAGCUUCUUCCAGAGCGUCUGCGACGCUUUCCAGCCGCCGCGAGAGGAACCGGGUGCCGGGCAGCCGCCGCCAAGCGCGCCCUGCCCGCCGAGUCCCCGAGCGCCGCCGGACUCCCCCGCCUGCCUGCUGCCCGCGCCGGGCUGCCUGCCGUCCCCCGGGCCCCGCGCCGCCGGUAAGGUGCUGCCGGCCGCCGGCCCCGCCAUGGGCUCGUCCUUUCCCUGCGCCGGAGAGCUGAGGGAGCUACUGGGCGAGGCGGCUGCGAUUCCGAUGCUGCCGCCGCCCGAGACCGAGCCGGCGGACAAGGAAGAUCCGCUGGGCGACAGUGCCCGGCAGCUGUGCCGCGCCGUGUCCGCCUCCAUGGGGCUGGCGCUGGAGGCGCUGGAGACUCCGGCCGAGCAGCUGCCCCGCGAGGACUGCAUGUUCGCCGUGCCCGCCGGGCCGCCCCGCGCCCCGCGCCCGCCCGCCCGCGACCCCUCGCCCGCCUUCGAGGCCGCCCUGGCCGCCGAGCCGCCCGCCGGGCCGGGGCUGCCCCGCGGCUUCGGGCGCGUCAAGCUGGAGAGCGCAGCGGGGCCGGCCACGGGCGGCGGCUGGGGCGGCCCGUGUCGCUUCGGGGCCGAACUGGUCCCGCCGGGCCCCGCGCCCCCCUGGCCCACCUUCUUUGCCGAGGAGGGGCAGCUCUACGGGCCGUGUCCCGAGCCGCCCGCCGGGCCCGCCGACUGCCCUGCCGAUGCCUGGUACCCACCGGGCCGGGCGCCUUUCGCCGCCCCCGCCCCCGGCAUCAAGAGCGAGCUGGAGCCCUGGGUCGAGGGCUACGCCGGCGCUUACGGCGACCUCCGGUUGGAGACUGGCCGUGACCAUGUCCUGCCCAUUGACUAUUACUUCCCACCUCAGAAGACCUGUCUGAUCUGUGGGGAUGAAGCGUCCGGGUGCCACUACGGAGCCCUCACAUGUGGGAGCUGCAAAGUGUUCUUCAAACGGGCAGCUGAAGGUAAACAGAAGUACCUCUGUGCCAGCAGGAAUGACUGCACCAUCGACAAGUUCCGACGGAAAAACUGCCCCUCCUGCCGCCUGCGGAAGUGCUACGAGGCCGGGAUGACUCUCGGAGCCCGCAAGCUGAAGAAACUGGGUAACAUGAAGGCACAGGACGACAUGGAGGGAGCCAGCUCGUCCAGCCCAACGGAGGAGCAAGCUCCCAAGCUGGUGAUGACACGCAUUGACGGCUACGAGUGCCAGCCCAUCUUCCUCAACGUGCUGGAGGCCAUCGAGCCUGGUGUGGUGUGUGCUGGCCACGACAACAGCCAGCCUGACUCCUUCUCCAACCUGCUGACCAGCCUGAAUGAGCUUGGGGAGCGGCAGCUGGUCUACGUGGUCAAAUGGGCAAAGGCCCUGCCAGGAUUUCGCAACCUGCAUGUGGAUGACCAGAUGUCAAUAAUCCAGUACUCUUGGAUGGGCCUGAUGGUGUUUGCUAUGGGGUGGAGAUCCUUCACCAACGUCAAUUCCAGGAUGCUUUACUUCGCUCCAGACCUGGUCUUCAAUGAGUACCGCAUGCACAAAUCCAGGAUGUACAGCCAGUGCAUCAGGAUGAGGCACCUCUCCCAGGAAUUUGGGUGGCUUCAGAUCACACCCCAGGAGUUCCUCUGUAUGAAGGCUCUCCUCUUCUUCAGUAUUAUUCCAGUGGAUGGCCUGAAGAACCAGAAGCUCUUUGAUGAGCUCCGCAUGAAUUACAUUAAGGAACUUGACCGUAUCAUUGCCUGCAAGAGGAAGAACCCCACCUCCUGCUCCCGGAGGUUUUAUCAGCUCACCAAGGUCCUGGACUCCGUGCAUCCGAUUGCCAAGGACCUGCAUCAGUUUACAUUUGAUCUCCUAAUCAAGGCACACAUGGUGAGCGUGGACUACCCAGAAAUGAUGGCUGAGAUCAUCUCUGUGCAGGUUCCCAAGAUCCUGUCUGGAAAAGUCAAGCCUAUCUACUUCCACACACAGUGAUCUUUCAGAGGGACCCCCGUGCUGCCACCCCCAUUCCAGCCAUCUCCUGCCUGUUACUUCUGUACUACUGUCCUGCAGUGCCUUGGGGAAUCCCUCUGCGGUGGUGGCCAAGGGGACAGGCAGUGGCAGACCUGCUGGGAUUCCUGAGAUUAUUAUUUUCCUGAGGUACCUCUGAACUGAACCCCUGGUGCCAGCCUCUGCCUGGCUCCAGCUGCUCACGGUGGCAGUGUCUGAGUGUUCUCCUCUGUUUGUCACUGUGACUCCAGCAGCCCAGGGCCGCGGGACAGAAGGAGAAGUGCCAGUGGUUGAUGGGUUUGGGGUGAUUUUUAUAAAAAGAACACAACACUAAGCAGGUUGCAGCUCCGCAUUUGGGUGUGGGUUAUGUCGCCAGCCUCCUUCCGGAUGUUUUGUUUGCAUUAUGGUGCUGGGAAGCAGAUAAGUUCAAACAUUGCCGAAGAGAAGCAGAGCAGAGCUGGGGGACAAGGCACAUUUGUGGCUGAGGAGUUCACGGGACCUGCAGCCACUGUGGGAUCUGCUCCGGUCAGCUCAGCCCUGGGACCCGCCUGCACUGCCGAGACACGAGCGACGGAGCGGACAGGCUGCACUGGAAGGCCUGCCAAGGAAGAUCACCUUGGAAAUGCCCCAACAACGCUUGGCUCCUGUUUUCCACCUGUGAUGUUCUUCCUAUGGCCUGUCCAGCUGGGUCUUGGUCUGCCCUGCAGACCCCUGGGUGCUCAGCAGUCACAUUCCUGUCCUUGCCAGCUGCUGCUCCCUGACAAAGCUGAACCCACCUCUGAAAGUGCCUGAUGCCCUUGGACCUCACACCUGCCUGGCUCCCCUGGGCACCUGCAGCCCCUGCCCCCACACCUGCUCUGCUCCUGUCAUGGCUCUGCAGACCUGGGAUUCCAGCUAUGCUCUUUCUCUUCAUUUGUCCCAAAUAUUUUGUCCCAACUAUUUUUUUCGAGUACCAGCAGAUGAGUGCUCUGGAGCCAAGACCAAGGCCAGGGUCUGUAGGACUUGUGGGACCGUGGGACUCCUCUCUGAACCCUGUCCAUGGGGAGGUGGCUGUGGGAACUGGCUGCUGCCACCACGGUGCUUUGGGGGGCUGCAAGGGAAGCACCAAGAGACCCCCUGCUCUUGGAAGCAGCACACACAGCCGCUGCUGAUGGCAGUGGCUGAUUGCAGCCCAGGAGGACACCACUGUGCACUCACUGCCCAUGUACAUGGUCCUGUAUGCACAACACCACCCACACACACCAUCCCAAGUACACUGCCACACACCCCAUCCCUUAUACACCACACACACACCCCAUCCCUUACACACCACACACACCCCAUCACUUACACACCCCAUCCCUUACACACCACACACACACACCCCCAUCCCUUAUACACCAUACACACACCAUCCCUUACACCACACACACCCCAUCCCUUACACACCACCACACACACACCCCAUCCCUUACACACCACACACACCCCAUCACUUACACACCCCAUCCCUUACACACCACACACACCCCAUCCCUUAUACACCACACACCCCAUCCCUUACACACCACACACCAUCCCUUACACACCAUACACACACCAUCCGUUACAGACCACACACCCCAUCCCUUACACAACACACACCAUCCCUUAUACACCACACACACCCCAUCCCUUACACCACACACACCCCAUCCCUUAUACACCACACACACACACACCAUCCCUUACACACCACACACACCCCAUCCCUUACACAACACACACCAUCCCUUACACACCACACCCCAUCCCUUAUACACCACACACACCCCAUCCCUUACACAACACACACCAUCCCUUACACACCACACACCAUCCCUUACACACUACACCCCAUCCCUUAUACACCACACACACCCCAUCCCUUACACACCACACACACCCCAUCCCUUACACACCACACACACCAUCCCUUACACACCACACACACACACACCAUCCUUUACACACCACACACACACCAUCUUUUACACACUGCCCCAUACCCCAUCCCAUGUGCAUCACCCCACACACCCAGCCUGUCCCCAGCACACACACAGAGGUCAGGACUACGUGCCCUGUGGUGUUUUAGUUCCCCUCUUCCUGCACAUCCUGAGUACAUCAAAACCACGUGCCCGGACCUGGACAGGCUGUCAGUGACCGCACACACACAGGCUGGUGCCAGGGUCACACAUGCCAUUGUGGGCUGUGACAUGGCCUGGCAUCACCAACCUAGACAUCUGUGAGGGAUUCUUGUGCUGGCACAGACAAACAGCAAACUCUGCACCCUCCCAGGGCAGUGAGCACACUCAGAGCCCUGUGCCCACACAGACCCCUGUGCCCACCCAGAGCCCAGCUCAGCUGUCCAGAAAAUGCCAUCAUGGUGCAGCUGCUCCUUUACAUACUUGGAGUAAAACAAACAAUUUCCCUGAUACUUUCCAAACUUUUGAUGGGAUUUUCAUUAUAAGAAGGAGUGGGGGAAAAGCCCCUGUGGAAGUGGAGGAACUUUCUUUGCAGUGGUUUUUCUUCCUCUGCUAGAUAUGGCUCUGAUCCUGCUCCUCCUCCUGAAAUCCUCUCAUGCAGGCAGCAACAGAACCCAUAGGUGACCCUUCUGGUUGGCAGCCAUCAGGUUGCUGCUCUCAGAGGCUCCCUCAUGCCAGGGGGCUGCUGGCAUUUUCAGUGCUGGUGUGAGCUUCAGAUAUUUGCAAAUGAACCAGUAAAAAAUUCCAGCUGGUGCAUCCCUGUCUUCUGGAAAUUUCCCUGGCUCUUCACAUCAGAGCUCAGUGAGCAGAUGAGUAGUGAUACCCAGUCCCUGGUAUCAGCUCAGGAUGGCUCCAAGCAGUUGGAACAUCAGUUUGGGAGAGCUUUGUGCUUCACACAGGCUCAUGUCAGUGAAGGUUUGGUUGGUUAAUGAGUGUGGCCAUGUCCUGCUGGGUGUUCAUCUGCUGGGAGACUGGAAAGAGGCCAAACCUCACAGGGAUUUGCCCAUGCUGCUUUCCUGGUGGGAGCACCAUGUGAAUGAGAAGCGGGGGAGCAGGGGAAGGAUUCUGCCCAUGUAUCACCUGCCCAGUGUGUGUCACCUGGUGUGAAGCUGCUCUGGACAGCGAGUGCUGAGCGGGGCAGGAGCUCACGGGGAGCACCCCCAGCCCAGGACAGAGGGGCAGUCAGGGGCACUGAGGUCAUGCUCUCUGUCUCUCCAGUAUCACAGUAAACUUCUGCAACUUGUUAAUUCAAAA